AUGAAGUACGAUAUCCCAACCCUGCUGGCCAUGAGCCCCAACGGCUCUAUCGAUAUUGGCAAGUUCAGUGUCCAUGCACUGGAAAACAACCUUCUUAGCCGCCGCAGAGCAAGUGCGAACAUUUUGACUGAACGCUCUGUCAACCGCUCUCGUGUGGCUUCGAGCUUCUCUGCUACCCAUAGCGAGGACUCUCCCUUUACUUCAGGAGGCCCUCUUCAAUAUCCCUGCCGGCAGCCUCGCAACGCUCCGCAUGGAAAUCUGGCACAGACAGACGUUGGAUUUGCUCGUUUCCUCAAAGAGCACGCAUCCCCUAAGUACCACCGCGUCACUGCUGGAGGACGCAUCGUUCCCAUGAAUUCAGAACUGCCCGCUCCGCAGUUCAAGCUGCCGACGAAAAAAGAAGAAGCGGCCAGCUCCGGUAAUCAUCGCAGGUCUGAGGCUCUGACUGAACGCAGAGCCAGCAGCAGUGGAAUACACAUUGCUCCUACACGAGAUGCUCAUGGUAACGCCAACUCCAACGCCAUAGAACAUCCUUCCAUCUCGGGAACCGUAGGGAGUGCUGAAGCGCCGUGUCCAGCUUUUGAUGGACCCGGCUGUGAUGCUCGAAUCCCAGGACCCCAGCAGACAGCGCCUACCGUGCAGAAUCUUUGCUCCCAGCCUCACCUUGCCUUAGGGGCCAACAACACUCACUCUUCUCAACCGGUACAAACGUAUCAAGAGUGUAUGACAUUCGCACCAAACCAUGGAGCGUAUACUAUAUGUGCUGAUCAGGUCAACUGGCUUCCAAACAAUAGCUCCCUCACUGCGCAGAGAGCCCCGACACCAUUUCUGGCCGCCCCGACCCAGCAGUCUGCAGCUGGACCAGUCUCCCCAUUCGGAGUGCCAGUAGGAAGUAUCCCUGGUAUGUUCCCCUCGGGAAACACCUUGAAGUUACCAAGCGGAGCUCCGUUUUAUCCUCUAGUCGGGAUGAGCUCUACUCCAAUCAUUGGUCCAGUCUUCCCUUCCGUGAAUCAGUCACUGCUUUCCAUGCCACUGCCGCAAGAAUCUGCAAUCCAAAAGUCUCUACAGGAGGCAAACAAACAGUACGAGACUCUUUCGGCUCAGCUUUCGAGUAUUGACAGAUACAUGGCGCUCCAUAACUUUGACCGGGACCACAGUUCGAAGAAGAUAUUGGUUGAAAACCGAAUGCAGCUGGUGCGGGAGCUGGAUGCGACACGCCUGUACAAAGAGCAGCUCGAGUCAAACCUGAGACAGCAGGAGCUCCUGACAUCCACUGACAACCGGGCAGCGUGUGCAUCUGGAUUCGAGUCCAUGUUUUCCUCAAUGCGCCUGGGGGAUAUCUCAAAUAAUGCGAGUAUGCAGAACAUUUGGCUUCCUGCUCUAGCUGCCGGCAAUGCACAUUCAAUCUGGACGCCGCCCAUCCAAAACGCCUUGGCAUCAAUGCUGCCAGCUAACGAAUCACUCAACGCAUCUUUUCCCUACCAGUUCCCAGCCAUAGGAAGCAUGGCUUCAAUGCAUAGCGCCUUUGCAUACGGAGAUCCGCGUAUGAGUACCGGGAAUGUCUACAAUGACCAACAGAAUCGUCCCGACUGGGUCAUAGGUGCAAGCCACGAUGUGAAUAACCAGACGAUGCAUGCACUUAGCACUGAGCAGACAGGAGCGAAAGACAUGGGCGCAGAAAAUGAUGGCUGGAUAGCUCCUAUGCAGUCAGCCCCGCUGGAGAUCAGUCAUAUUUACCGCAAGAUCGAAGAAGCUGCUAAGCAUGGAGAGCCCAUCGAGGAGCUGCUCAAAGAACUUACAGCCGUGACCACGAGACUUUCUCAGCCGCUGUCUGUAGAACAUGUGGCUCUCCGUCCUCAAAGGUCAUCGUUUGCUGCCACAGACAGUCACGGAGAUGGAAUCCAAGUCAAGUCGCAGGGCAAAGCGGCCCAUGUAGGCGAAGACGUCAAAUGUGCCGAAGCAGCACAGAAACGCAACCAGUCCUUUACAUCGAAUGGAAAGGCCAGAGCAAAGGGAAAACCGCGUAAAUCAGGACCGAGCAGCGUUCAGUCUUCAGGUAGAGGAUAUCAAGGGUUACGUGAAGUGGAGGAUGAUGAUGACGGCAAAUCUUGCUAUUCUUGCCUUUCAACUACUGACUCCUGGGCAACUAUCCAGGAAGGAGACAAGCGCUGGCUUGCGCGAGAGGCCGCCAAGGAAAGACUUGAUGAUGAAUCAAACGAAGGAGUUGAAGGAGCUUUAAGCUCUGGAAAGAGCAGAGGUAGAUCUGGGCUUGGGAAUCGAGCUGUGAACAUCCGCAACACCGUCGAGUGGAUCCAGAACAUUGACCACGAAGCUGCUCCGGCGCAAGAGCCGCGAAACGCCUCGUCCUCUUCCUCUAACCUGGGCAAUCAGGGGGUCGUCAAGCAGAGCAGUUCGCAGACUGGCCCACCGUGGAAACGCAACCAACGCCGAGGACACUCGUCUAAGAAGGGAUGCGCACCGGCUGUCUCUCAGAAUGUCAAUGCCUACGGAUUCCUACCCCCAUUUGAUGGACCUGGAGAUCAGUCAGAGACGGGGGCGUCUCGCACCGACGAUAACCACGUGGGAGACGGCUAUUCACGCCCGAACGAGACGCACCGGCCACAUACAGCACAACAGCCUUGGUACAAGAAGAGACUGCGUGACAAGCCGGCGGCAGAUGAGGUGCGCGAAUUCUUUCGACGCAUCGAAGCGGACGAAGAGCAGAUGAUGAUGAUGCAUAAGUACCAGAUUGAUGACGGCCGCGACGAAGCCCGUUAA